AAUUGACCACUGACAAUGAUCACAUAAACAGAAAGGUUUCACUUUGGCCAGGAGAUAUAACACGGCUUGAAAUUGAUGCUAUUGUCAGUGCUGGUAGGUUUCCUAACUAAGUUUCCCAGGUGGACAAACCAGGAAGCAUUGUUACGUUUUUCAAGCUUUGAGCAACUGAGCGUAAGAACGUCAAUUUUGGCAAUAGGAAACAUAACUCGGAGCUUGACGGCUUGAGAUUUGAUAAAUAAAAUAGAAAAGAAAAUGCUAUAGAAAAGAAACACCUAUUAAAUCUGGUGGGUAAAUAUUGUAAAAAGAUACUGGGAAAAAUUGAAAUUUUCUACUGCAGUAUACUAGCGUGCACAAGAUCUUUUGAUCCAGGUUUGCAGUUAGCUCCAGUCACUUGCAGGUAAUGCAGUUACCUCGGAUCCCAAUAUCUGACACCCGUGAUAAAAAGUGUUGUGAAGCCACAUUUAUUAUUUUCUUUCAGCGGGAGAAAGUCUUCUUGGAAGUAUUAGAGGUAGGUUGUGUUUUUCAGUCGCGUCUUGUGGACAGGUUUUGAUGAAAAUCUAUCUUGUUCGUUUACACAACGUUCACUUAUUGUUUAGUCAAUGGUCAUAUUCAUCAAGCUGCAGGCAAAGGACUUCAGGAGGAAUAUAGAAAAUUGAAUGGAUGUGACAUUGGUGAUGCUAAAAUCACCUCAGGUACAAUCAUUGAACUGAAUAGAACUGGAACGCUACCUCCAACUGAAAAUUUGAAGCCAAACUUGAAGGCUAGUCCCAGUCUUUUCACGCAUGGGAAGAGCGCUCAAUCAGUCAUUCAUGACAUAGACACGCGUGACGCAACCACGCGUUCCAGUUAUAUUCGUUUCAAUGGGUACAAUACGUAUUGAUUAUUUUUGAUAAUUUAACAUUGAACGCCGACGCUCUCCACUUGAUGAGUAAAAAAUUGUGUUGGCGUUCGACAGAGUAAAGUCUGUAAUAAAAUAGGGUGCAUUAUGGCGCAAUGCAAGUUAAUUUAAUUAAGUUUCUAUAUAAAACCUCGCUCAAACGAGGAGUUGAUGAGAGUUGGUAGUCAUGCAUUGUUUCAGCUAGCGGACAUUUCAAACUCUAGAUGAACAAAAUAAGGGUUUGAUGAGUGUUGCAACUAUGUUUUAACUUCAAUAGAAUACAUGAUAGUGUUGGGAAAGCAUUAAGAACAGCUAACCAAGCUCGCGUGACUGUCAACUUUCAUGCACUCUCAUCCUCGUUUCAUCCGGGCUUAACUAUCCUCCUUUGUGGUAUUAAUGCGUGUUUUCCUUCUAUUUCGACAGGACAAAAACUUCCAGCUAAACGUAAGUACACAAAUCAUUUGGCCAAUUGCUCCGUUUCAGUACACUUGUAUACAAAUCUUUUUGUGUUGAACAGUGUCUGUGUCCUGCCGUUUAUUUUCAAGCUUGGUUGUAUACGCUGUGAAAAUACUCUGCGGGAAGGUUUUACUGACGGUACAUUCAUGAAGAACAACAAGCCAACAUGGAGACCUGCAGGUUUUAUUUUUUUCAUGUUGUGUAGAUGUGAUUCAUACGGUUGGUCCAUUUUUUCAACGAGUCCGACUGUUGGAAAGCUGUUAUAAUUCCUGUCUCAGGCUGGUUAAAGAACACGAAUUGAGUUCUGUGGUAUGAUUGCAUGCAGUUGAGUUAUGAUAAUAUUUAAUGUGCUUUUUACAAUAUCAUGCAGCGGCCAUGUUGUAUUGGAUAUAUAAACUCGAGCCGAAGGCGAGAGUUUGCAUAUUCGAUAACCUGAAGUUCAGGCCCUAAUUCUGUGGCCUGAACUUCAGGUUACAUAUUCCAUACAGCACGGACGCAAAUGUUGUAAAUACAGUAGCUUGUGAAUUGAAUGUCUUGAUGAGAACAUUCGUAUUCUUCAACAAUUUUAAAUAAAUGAAUGAUGUAGACGGUCUAUGUUAUAUAGUUCAGUGUAGAGACCUUAUUCAUAAAUCGUGAUCGAGGCCUCGUAUAUCCUAGGAUACGGGGAAAACGCGGGAAAACAAGCGAAAAAUGCUUGACAAGCCAAAUUCAGAUGCUAUUGUGUCGACUUUAGCGGCUUGUUUCUUGUUGCUUAUUUCGAUUUGUAACGAUUUUUGUGUGUAUUUUAAGAUUUUGUGCCCACAGCGGAAGCUGUUAACGAGUAUAUUAGACCAGUUUUUCUCCCGUUUUCUGUGUGGAAAAUAUAACAACUCGUACUAAGCGAUGGUGUUUAUCCCAAAGGCAAAGCGAAAAACAGUAUUUUACUGAGAUUUUAACGUCAAUAUAUAGAUUAUUCCGUGAAAAAUCAAGACAACUAUGGACUGAAAGUAUAAUUUGUGGAGUUUGACAUUAAUAUGAAAGAAAACAAGAUGUCAAAAAUCGCAAACAGAAUGUCAAAUGUUAUUGAUUUCGCACGGAAAAAUAUGAGCUAUGCCUGUGGCUCGAUGACAUUCUGCAAGCAGCUUACAAGUUUAAAAAAUGAAGGCUAUACAUUACGUGAGUGAGUUGUAAUCUUAUUUCUUCAACAAUAGUUUCAUAUUUCUUACGAUUUUGGUGUUGUAUAUAGACGUUUUGUAGCCUAGUUGGUCGUUUGUUUUGGCCAUACAAACUACGACAAUAGUGCAAAGAUUUCUUUUUCCGAUUGACUGCCGUAGUAUUUUCGGAAAAAAAGCUGCCAUAGCCGGCAGCAAAACAUUUUGUCAAUUUUCCCGCGUUUAUCCCCGUUUCCUAGGAUAUGAGGCCUUGAUCACAAUUUGUGAAAAAGGUCUAUUCGGUGAGAAAAUUGAACUUAUAAGUUUUAAUAUAUAAAUCAGCAUGAUUUUCUAUCAGAUAUACAAACUCCUCGACGCUCAUGAUUUCUUUUGUGUUUUAAUUCUUCAUGAAUUAUUACAUAUGCAAUAUUCAAAUGCGCAUUACAAUACAUGAUUAUAUAGAUAUAAGCAAUAAAACAAUAAAAGAGUAAUACAAUUAGGCUAUAUACAUGUGCAAACACUAAUCAAUUAAGCCGGUGGCAGACGAGCAAGUUUUCUAUGACAAGUUUUUAUGUGACAAGUUUUAUUUGCUCGUCUGUACGCGCAACUUUGACAAUUUUUUCUAUGACAAGUACACUUGUUCAAAAGCUAGCAUUCCAGUUUUUAAACAAGUACACUUGUCAUAGUAAAAAUUGUCAAAGUACAAAUUGUUUUCGUCUGUAUGGGUCAACAAUGAAAACUUGUCAAAGUAAUCUGAGCAUUUGAUGCGAUUGGCGAGCUGGCCACUAAUAAAUUGUCAAAGUAAACUUGUUGACACGUUCACACCAGUGAAUAAAACUUGUCAUGUGAAAACUUAUCAUAUAAAAUUGCAGGACCCCACUGAAAAACACAUUAGUGAUGUGGGUAUCCUGGAUAAAUAUAAUUAUAAAAAAAAAAACUAAAUAAAAAAAAUUGUUGCAUAUAUACCAUAUAAAUAAUAGACAAUAUUCUAUGAUAUACAUACGUGCACUUGGCAAAUAAAACUUGUCACAUAAAAACUUGUCAUAGAAAACUUGCUCGUCUGUAACCGACUUUACUGAAAAGUUCUACGGAAUAAAAAUGUCUUAAUCCUAUUUUUGAAAGUUGUAAUGUUCUGUAGUUCUCUUAUUUUCGCUGGAAGAGAAUUCCAAAGUUUGGGAGCAACACGCGAAAAAGCACAACCCCCGAGUGUCUUCUUGGAUUAUGGAUUUACCAUUGGGAUUUGCUAAAAGUAGCCCAUCAUAGAGAUUACUACAGAGAGUAUUAUGGGGAUUACUACAGUAUUGUAGAUAGUGGACGUCCUUACUGUAUAUUGUAGCUAGAAUACAGUAUUUCACUCUUUCCCUGAUAAAGCAUUUUAAUGCAAUGAUCAUAUUUUUGUUCUUCAGGCAUUUUGGUGUAUAUCUGGUAGAGCAUACCACGGUGAAGGUGAGGACCAUUGAACUGAAUAUAACUGGAACGCUACCUCUAACUGGAAAUUAGAAGCCAAACUUGAAGACCAGUCCCAGUCUUUUCACGCAUGGGAAGAGCGUUCAAUCAGUCAAUCACGACAUAAACACGCGUGUCUGGGGUCUAAUCGGGAAACCACCCGACUGAGAUCCGCAUGCCUUUUGUUAACGCAUAUAAAAUUCAAUUUGUGUUUAUAUGACAAAAGAGUUAGCCUGGCUGGGUGAGAUCUCACAUUGCGCUAAGUGGCAUCUGAGUCAAGUGGGAUAAAAUUUUCCAUAUGAAAGCUUUAUCCCUUUGGACCUUACCCGACCUUUAGGAAGAACAAUAAAAACAUUGAUACAGUUAAAGUAAGGUUAGUUUAAAAAUUGUUUCUAGAGUACCCGAAAAUAGAGGUUGCUCAUGUUGCGUUGAAAACCGUUAAAUCGUGGUUGGAAGAAAAUAAUGAUUGGGUAUGUAAUAAAAUUGUUUGAUUAUUCACGUGCAUGUAAGUGGGCAAUAUCGCAAAAACUGAAGGACUGUUUAACUUCUCGCCCAACAAAAGAAAAACAUAACAUAUUUUUAACUUAAAAGAACAAGUCUUUGACUUGUCAUUUCAACAUUAACCAGCUUUUGUGGUGUCGUGAUCACCACGCUUGCCUUUCACGCUGCAUGGAAGACCCGGGUUCAAUCCUUGGUUGGACCUCCACUCAAAGUCUUAAAAUAACUGAGGAGAAAAUGCUACCUUUACAUUGACCCCAGUAAAUGGUUAAACGUUCGCGUUUUCUCGGAUAAGGACGUUAAAAUCGUAGGUACCUCGGAUCCCCUAUCAAUUGGGAAAUCCGCUCACCAAUUAAUGAGAAACGGUUAAAGUCUUUGCUUCAAUCCUAGGUUGGUCGUAUAAUUUUUUGCGCGUCUUCACAAGAAAACCUGGAUAUUUAUCAAAAGUUAAUGCUCCAGUACUUUCCUUGUACGAUCGAGAAAGAUGCAGAAGAGACUGAAUGGAGUGAUAAUGAUGAUGAGAAAAUGGAUACCUUGGAAAAUGAUGUGGAUGAUAGGCCUACAACGAAGCUGGCCGAAGGAACUACAGAAACUACAGUCGGUGGAAAAGGUAGGAGAGUUUUUUAACAAAGAACAAGAUUAGAUCGAGGUCAUAUAUAAAGUUGUCUUAUUUUCUUGGAUUGUAAAACUCAUUAAUAAUUCAUGAAGAAAACACAAAGAAAUCAUGACCGUGAAGGAGUUUGUAUGUCUGAUACAAAAUCAUGCUGAUUUACAUAAAACAGUAGGAAUUGAUACGCCGGGUGGAAAGCGUAAUUUAAAAAUGAACAUUAAAGCCCAGCAAAUGACUUUCAGACAAGACGUAACAAAAAUAUAAAAUUUAUUGUCUAACGUUUCGUUGUAUUGUUCACAAUAUCUGCAGAGCAAUUAAACUUAUUUACAAGUGUGUAUUAUAUAUAUACAAAUUUUUAAACGGUUAUAUUAUUCAAAUCAGCGAAUAAGAGAAAGGGAUGAAGAACAACCUAUCAUUAAUUAAAAAUAUUAGUAAAUUAAAGAUAUAAUAGAUUAUUAGGUCAAUUUAUCUGAAGAGUGCCACAUACUGUGGUACGAAACUAUUUAGUAAUAAAGAUGCCUAGUGGAUUUUGUCGAUUUGUUGUACCUUAAAGUGCCUAUAAACCCAAAAUGGUUUUUUGAUUAUUCGGAUAGAGCGUAAAAAGUUACAUACAAAGGGAAGUUCUAGAUUAGAUUUUGCUUUAAACUUCUAGUUUCUGAGAUACAACGGCUCAAACACUCAGCCCGUUUUUGAAAAAAAACAUUUUUGAAAAAAAAGUCGCGCAAGUCAAAUUCACUGCAAAAGCCUGGGUCGGAGGAACACGUUCUUCACGUUCAGUUGCUUUUCUAUAAUACAAGUAGACGCAACUUCGAGAGUUUUUGCCUUAAAAUACCUAAACGGUGUGUCGUUUACGGUUGUUCCAACGUUGCUGACACAAAGAAGGGUAUUUCUAUCUACCAAAUAUCUUUUUGGAAUGAUAAUUUGCCCGUAGCGGUCAGGAGAAGGAAACGAUGGCUGAGCCUCUGUUCGACACAGAGUCGCAGACGAGACAAAUGGAUCCAACUAGUGUGCUCAAAGCAUUUCACUGAGGAGUGUUUUGUAUACGGUUCUGAAAGUGUGGAAAAGUAGAGCACUCCGAGACUACAGUACAUAAAAAUCAACUUUCUGGCAGUGCGAAAUCAGAGCGCACGAGUCGCAUGAAGCGAAGUAAGGUAUUGUAUUGCUAAUAAUACUUUAUGUUUAUCCACCAGAACUCGCAUCAUUAGCGCAUUUAUUUACAUAUAUUUGAUUUGUGAAUCAAACCUUUUCCUGCUAUAAACUUAUAUUAAGGUAUUUGUAUAAAGUUUAAACGUUCUCAUGUCAUGUAAAUAGAGUCAGUCGAGAACAAUAGAACUGCAUGUCCUUAAUAUGACUAAUAUGGCUCAUGUCGUGUAUCACAACACAUGGGCCAACGAAAUUUAUUAAUAUUAAAUACCCUUUUAUUAUACCCUGUGACUAUUUGACCGGCAGCCAGUCACGUUUCAAAAUGUACUAAAUGACCGGCAGUCUGGUAUUUAGAGUUAAAGUCACGUUUAAAACACGAGCUCGAUUAUUGUAAACAACAUAAUUUAUAAUGCUGGUCAUUUAGACAUUUUGAAACAUGACCGGCUGCGGGUCAAAUAGUCACUCUGUUUAUUAUAAGACUAAUCUUGUGGUUUCAACUUUAUAAUUAAUACGACAACAGGAACUUGUCGAAAACCCUGAAAAAGCACUGACAACAUCAACUGCUGAUGAGCCAGAUGUUGAACCUUGCACAUCUACAGAACAAGGAGAAAUG